AUGACCAAAUCUAGCAACCUGACCAAACCUACCAACCCGACCGAACCUACCAACCUGACCAAAUCUACCAACCUGACCAAAUCUAGCAACCUGACCAAAUCUACCAACCUGAUCAAACCUACCAACCUAACCACAUCUACCAACCUGACCAAACCUACAAACCUGACCAAAUCUGUCAAACUAACCAGAUCUGGCAAGUUGACCCAGUUUGGCAAACUGACCAAAACUUGA